GGGACUCCGUUACUUGGAAGAGUUGCUCCUGCUGGGGCGUUCAGUAAUAACUCUAUUACCUUCCCGACAACCACACCGCUACCACUCACAACCAAGCCAGGCCAGUGUGUGUGUGUGUGUGUGGUGCAACAGUGAUAACAGUGACUAACCACACAGGGAGGAUAUGAAGUUUUUAAUGACAAAUUGUGUUAUGAGAUUUUACAGAAGAAUAAAAUUGACGCUGAGGAAGAGGGAAGCUUUUGGCCUGAUUACCUUCGUAUGUAUCGUACUGCUGAACAUCUUACUGAUCACAGGUCACCUUCGACAGCAAUCCAGGGAAGUUUAUCCUUAUGGAAGUUCUCACACCCGGAAAAACUUCAUCCACUCUGGCGGACAAUUUACAAUGACCUACAAUCAGUCAUCUUUAACAAUUAAGGAUGUUCCUGAAUCAUUCAAAAGCAGUGCAGUCUUGAAAAACUCGAGUGAUGAUGUUACAGGUCGACAGUUUGAGGGCAAUCAAACCCACAAUACACAGUCUGUCCUUGUAUUAACGUCAGUAGGUCGAAGUGGAUCCAGUUUUCUAGGUGAAUUAUUGGCUUCACAAGGACACAACUUAUAUAUUUACGAGCCCGUCAGGAUACUUAAAAAAUCUGACCAAAAUGAGGAAAAUGUAAGAGCUGAAAUACUAAGAAAUUUCCUUUGUAAUCUAAGAGAAGAUCUUCUAGGUGUGGGUAAGUCUCCCUCCGUCAGCAUCAAGCAUCCUUAUACAUAUGGCAAGACGAAGGGCGAUGUGGUCUUGUCGAGAAUAAUAGACUACUGCAAGAUGGAACCUCUCAGGAUUAUUAAGACAAUCCGUACUCGUCUUGCCUGGAUGAAACCGUUACUGGAUGAUAAAUAUCUCAACCUCAAAGUGAUUCAUUUAGUACGUGACCCUCGAGGUUCAUCUCUAUCCAUAACCAAAGUGGAGUGGACGUUGACUACAGAGACUAUCUGCAGUAGGAUCCUGGAGGAUCUUGAGCAGCGGCGAGAAAUGGAACAGCUUUAUCCUGACAAAUAUUAUUUCUUAAAGUACGAGGACCUGUGUAGGGACCCGUACGGCAGGACCCGAGAUGUCUUCAGGUUCCUCAAGAGAGACACCUCCAAUGAGGCUCAACGUGGUAAUGCGUCUCGUGUGGGUAAAUUUCACUCAAGUGUUGGUGAUUUCGAUAAUAACAACGAAAGAUAUAAAAAAAAUGAUGCAGGUUCUUUUAAUGAUCUGCCGGAGGGUGUACUAAAUUACUUACAGUCUCACACACAUGUUAAUAUACUAACAGAGAAGACCCCUUGGACCACAGUACGGGACACACGAGGCAUCUACCAGAAGUGGAGGCAGAGUGUGACACAGGAACAACUGACGGAUAUAGAAACUCAUUGUCGUGGUGUUCUUCAUAUUUUGAAUCAUAAGAUUUUUGGUAGUGUUAAGAUAGCGAGAAACAUGUCUGUGUCUCUGAAUGAUGAGAACCUCUAACAGUAACGAAACAGUGAAAAUAUUAAAAGCUUUUAAAAAUCACAAAUACAAAAAUACUCCUUUGAAACCUGAUUCUUAUUUAGUUUUCUUUUUAUAAUAUAAGUAAAGAACUUAAAUCAAAUAACCCGGGCCAAUCCCCCAUUAUCUGUUGAGCCAAUCAGUGACAUAUCUACCUCCCCUUCCAUACAGGUACAAACUCGGCCUCCUCGCUUUAUUUAUCAUAUUUUUGAAACAUUUACGAAUUACCUUUAGCCAAAAUAUUAAGAAUAAGAUGUGUAAGUGAUAUUGCUGGAAACUGAUCGAAGACGACGAGAAAAAGGAUUAUUUUAGAGGUGAAAACUGGACCAAGUAGUGGAGAGAAGGAAGCAGAGAUCUUGCAGCUCCCGGCGGAGACGUUGUUGGUGUGUUGGGUUCUUGGCCAAGAGGAAGCUGGUGAAGGUGAGGGUGCUGGCCAUAGUGUCGUAACCAGCCAGGAGGAACAACACGCUCUGGGCUAUGAUGGUGUCGU